UCCUCCCACUACUUUCUUGUACAGCACUUCCUGAUACCUCGUCCUCACCCUCCAGCCCACACGGAAAUGAUUCUCGACUCUGAGCUCUUGGAUCCUCCUCCUGUAUAUACUGUAGCCCCAAUCACCUCCUCAGCCUCCACCUCCGCCUCCUCUGCCCUCCCCGACAGUGCCACCGGCUCACUGCAUCUCAGCGAGGCUCAACGACAGAAUGCUCGCUUGCCCCUCGAGGUCCUCUUGCGGGUCUUUUCACUGAUCAACCAGGCAUCGCAGGAUGAGCAGACCAGGGCAGAAGGGAGGGUAUGGAUGAUGGCGGAAGGGAGGAGGGUAUGCAAGGCUUGGUAUAUUGCCUGUAUGAGUCUUCUACGGUCACACUACGUCUCUGCUUACCGAGGCAAGGUACUGCCUCCCUAUUCUACACAUACGUGGUCUCAAGCACUCUCGCCGCCUGUCCCGACCACGCAGACUGUGCCUGCAUACAGCUUGAGAGCGCCACCACAGCGGCAGCACCCCAUUCUAUCGUCGAUACAAUCGGACGCUGCAGCCACAAGGGAGACUAAGGUGCUGGACCUCUACAUUGCAUCGACUACGCGUCGGGAGUUGGAUGCGCAGGAGUCGUCCCUCUUCUCCUCCGAGGUUUCCGACGAUGCAGAUGACAUGGCCGCGACGAGCGACGAUCGAGCUCUGUUUGAGCUUUGGCAGCCUAGAAGCAGACUAGAAGACUUGCUCAUAUUGGCGGGACUAGAAAGAGGGGUGUUCUUACGGAGGGGAAUGAGCAGACCGCGCAUUGAGGAGAAAGGUCAAUCCAAUUCAACGGGACAAAACGGUGAUCUGGUGAUUGUGGCAGAAGACAUUUCUGUUCACUUUGCCCUCAAGGAGGUGAGGAUCUUGCUGCCCUUCCAAGCUGGAGGUGGAGGUCGGGCCACCUCUCUGGGAUUGGUGCCGCUAGUGCGUCGGCCCGUCCUGCAGAUGCCAAGGGAGAGGAGCAGUACCCUCGAAGUCUCGGCUCAGCAAAUUAUUCAGCAGCUGUCAAGAACGCCUCUGCCCAUAAAGAGGGUGGAAGUAUCCCAUAGUGGACGAAACCAGACCUGGUACGAAGAGCUAGUCGAGGAGCAGCUCGCGCCGCCGUCUCAGCAGCAGCAGCAACCCUCGCCAGCAGGUGGAGACGGUGAAGCUGGGAGUGGGAGUGGGAAUGGCAAAGGCAAGAUGAGAGACCGCUUGGGCGGCUGGUUCAAGCGAUGAAUGGCUAGCUGGUAGACUUCUUUGACUGCCGAUUGUCGCUACAUGUAGCAUAGUAGUAAUCUGUAUUAUGAGUGAGGGAAAGACGCGGGCCCCCUGCAAUCGCACCUCCACCCAGAAAAGACGCGGUGGCCGAG